GCCCAACGCCGCUGCCCGCAAAACCGGCCCUGCCCGGCCGCCUCCGCGCUCCCGGCGCGUCCGAGGCCCGCCGGGCUGCGGGGCGCGGCCCCUUUAAGGGGUGGGCUUUGCAGCCUGGCGCAGGAGGAUCUACUCGGGACCGGGCUGCCGGGCGCAGGAGGCUGCGGAUCGGCGCCGGCGGGGCCAUGAGCGGCCGGGUGGGAGACCUGAGCCCCGCGCAGGCGGAGGCGUUAGCCAAGUUCCGCGAGAACCUGCAGGAUGUGCUGCCCUACCUUCCCCAUCAGGACGACUACUUCCUCUUGCGCUGGCUCAGAGCUCGAUGUUUCGACCUGCAGAAAUCCGAGGCCAUGGUCCUCAAGUACCUUGAGGUUCGGAAGCACAUGGAUGCUGACAACAUCAUCAACUGGCAACCCCCGGAGGUGAUUCAGAAGUACAUGUCUGGGGGGAUGUGUGGGUAUGACCAGGAUGGCUGCCCCAUCUGGUACGAGAUCAUUGGGCCCCUCGAUGCCAAAGGCAUCCUCUUAUCAGCCUCCAAACAAGAUCUGCUCAAAAACAAGUACCGUGACUGCGAGAUGCUGCUGCAGGAGUGUAACAAGCAGACCCAGAAGCUGGGGAAGAGGGUUGAGACGGUCAUGAUGAUCUAUGACUGCGAGGGGCUGGGCCUGAAGCAUCUCUGGAAGCCAGCCGUGGAGGCAUACGGAGAGCUUCUGUCCAUGUUUGAGGAGAACUAUCCUGAGACCCUGAAGCGCCUGUUUGUAAUUAAAGCUCCCAAGCUCUUCCCUGUGGCCUACAACCUCAUCAAGCACUUCCUGAGCGAAGACACCCGCAAGAAGAUUGUCGUCCUAGGAGCAAACUGGAAGGAGGUCUUGCAGAAGUACAUCGCCCCCGAGGAGAUCCCUGUGGUGUAUGGGGGAACCCUCCGGGAUCCAGACCAGAACCCCAAGUGUGUGACCAAGAUUAACUACGGCGGUGACAUCCCCCAGGAGUACUACGUGCGGGACCAGCUGAAGCAGCAGUACGAGCACUUGGUGGUGGUGAACCGGGGCUCCUCCCACCAGGUGGAGUAUGAGAUCCUCUUCCCAGGCUGCGUCCUCAGGUGGCAGUUCAUGUCCGAAGGGGCCGACGUGGGCUUUGGGGUCUAUCUGAAGACUAGAAUCGGGGAGCGGCAGCGAGCUGGCGAGAUGACGGAGGUGCUUCCAAACCAACGCUACAAUGCCCACCUGGUGCCCGAGGACGGCUCCCUCACCUGUUCCGUGGCCGGUGUCUACGUUCUGCGGUUUGACAACACCUACAGCUACCUCCAUGCCAAGAAGGUCAGCUACACAGUGGAGGUUCUGCUGCCAGACAAGAAGUCGGAGGAGCAGAUCCAGCACCUGGAGGAGACCAUGAAUGAGUUGGACCUCAACGAUGUCCACAAGUGACGGCUCUUAGAGCCCCCUCGUCGUCUGACCCCCAUCACCAGCCUCACUCCCAGCUCUCUCUCAUAAGCAAACCCAGGGUUUCUCCCAGACCCAGCCAGCCGGCUCCCAUGGGGAAGUGAAAGUGGAACCAUUCUCCAGAGAAUUUCUGCUAGUUGCCAUUAGAACAUUCAGGCAGCUUCUCUGGAGUGUUCUUUUGGGCAUUCCCUCGCCCUGGGCUGGCCGUGGGGCAUAGAGGGGGUGUUUGUAGGCAGGGGAAUGGAUACUGCAGGGUGGAAGGUUUCCCAUCUCUUCCUUGCAGUUGCCUAGAAUGAACAUAACUGAGCUGGGGAGUCAGUAUCAGCAUGGCCAGGGUCUGGGAUCUAGCACUCUGUGCCCUGACAUGCACCAGUUCAGGCUGCCAAUCUAGCCAGCAUCUGCCAGAUUAAUCUGUCCCUGAUCUGAACUCCAGGCUUUAAGCACCUGGGGCUAGUGGGAGGGUCAUGGGGUGUUCUGGAGGGAAACCCCUUCUAUUAUCGGUGGGUUUGCCCUCCACCUGGGCUGAGCUGAAAACAGGGUGGGAAAGGGGCACUUCUUGGCAUGUCCCCUAUAGCAUAAUGAGGUGAAACAGCUGAGAGCCGAAGUCUUGGGGUGGUAGCAGCUGGUGUUGGUGGCAGGGCCCUGGCCAUCCAGGCCAGCAGAGCUUUUCAGGAGGGCAGGGUGCCCCUUCUUCCCCACCCCUCUGAAAACUUCCCCAACACUUGUUUGUGUAAUUCACUGCCUUGCUCAUUAACCUUCACACCUUACGAAGGGCUGGAGCUUCCCUGGGGCCAGCAGAUCCAGGCUUCACGGUCCCAGGGGGUAUUGCUACCCAUAGCACUGUAGUGAGGCUUGCACUGGGCUCCAUGGCCCAGUGUGCCCUAGAGGGGCAGGGAUCCGUAAAGACCAAUCAGCUACAAGGGAGUGGGGCAACUUGAGAAAGCAAAUCACAUUGGGGAGAAGGGGCAGGGCCAGGGAAGCACAGACAUAGGGGGAGGGGAAGUGGGAUGUAAGGACUUGUUUGGGGCAUCUUCCCCUUCAUGUUAAAAUCAAUAAUAGAGAGCAAAUCCCAGAGAUGGCAAUGUCACCUUUCAUGCCCCCCUCCCCGCCCCCAGGGCUGGUCUGAGGCAUAAACACACGUCACCGCACUUUAAGGAGGACCCAGGCAUUUAGAAGGUGGCCUGACCUAUCUUCCCCCUGUGGGAAGGAAACUCAUGGUUGGCCUCUCGCUCCCGCAGUCCCAGCAGGAAGCCUAGCCCCUGCCAAUGGUAAAGCCACCUCCAGCCCAUCCUGGGGCACUAGGAGGGGAGGUUCCCAUGAGACUCACACCCAGCAAAGCUUUCAGUAAUCUCAUUUUCCAGGUCAGCAUCAAGAGAUGGUGGGGUGAUCCAGGGCCACUGAAUUCCUGACCCCUCAGCUGGCCCAGAGUUACGUGCAAUGAGGACAUUGGUUCUGAAUGCAGCUGUUGCCCAUUUCACUGACUUCCCAACCCUCAGCUUGCGGGACCUGAUCCCCAUCCACAGGGGAAAGGGAGCGGCACUGGGGGUGGGGUAGGAAAAAGAUGCAUGGGGAGGCCAGGAGCAGGUAUACACUGCAGACUGUACACUGCAUUAGGGUGCAAAUGGAGCAAGUGGAAAUGCCUGAGCCAAAGACAUAUCAGAAAGCCAGCUCUAGACUGGAACCAAGAUGGCUCAAGCAUCCACAAGCAAGUGGAAGUCUCCCGUGCAGUUGCACUGUGUUCUGGAACACAGAGAAACAGCCAGUGCAAAUUGUAUGUGCAGCAGAUCCCAGAGACAGCAAAGAUGGGACACAGUCCCUGCGCAGCUCUGAUUUUUGAGGACAUCUCUGGAACAGCCAAGCAUGGUGUCAGUAUGGGAAAGCACUGACCAUAGAGGGGGAACCAGUGGAUUUCAUGAAGGACAAAUUCCUCCCAAGUUUUGAAGGAAGGCUGCAGCACUCACUCAGCUGGCUGGAAAAGAUAUGGCACUUUUUAUUCUUUGGAUCAUGGACAGUAGAGAAAAAUAAUAAGUUAAUAUGUGAUGGGUGGGCAUUAUGAGGCUAAGCAGCCUAGACUGUAUCACCCCAUCUGUGCCUCGGGCUCUGACCAUCCUAGGUGGGCCAUACUGGGUGAUACAGCCCAGCUUAUGUUGGCCCAUCAGUGCCUUACAUAGGUUGCACUGGUAAUAGGAACUCUAGUCUUAAAGGGGGACCAGGUCUCUUCUUCCAGGGAAUGACUAGCUCUGUAGGUUGUGUGUCUAGAAGGGAUGUUUACAGGACGAUGAGCAUAGCAUGAUUGUUAGCAGGUGGCAAGGCCAUCUGGAGGCUGCUGGUUCUGCAACCUUUACAGAAGCUCCAGGCUAGAAAGGUUACAAAAUGAGAGUAAAAAGAAAAGGAGGACUUGUGGCACCUUAGAGACUAACAAAUUUAUUUGCGCAUAAGCUUUCGUGAACUACAGCUCACUUCAUUGGAUGCAUUCAGUGGAAAAUACAGUGGGGAGAUUUAUAUACACAGAGAACAUGAAACAAUGGGUGUUACCAUACAGACUGUAACAAGAGUGAUCAGGUAAGGUGAGCUAUUACCAGCAGGUUUCAGAGUAACAGCAGCAUUAGUCU